CCUUCGGCACCGAGCAACAUGACCAAACUGCCCUCCCGUCCAGGCUCCACGCCCCACAGAGGAGUCCGGCCUCCCCUCCUUUAACUAACUCCCACUGCCUCCAUGCCGUGGAAGCUCGCCCGGCUUCCCCAUCCAUAGGAGGCGGGGAAUGUCGUAACAGCUUGAUGUGACCUCACUUCUCCUCCGCUCCCCUCUCCUCUGUCCUGACUCCUGUCGCCCGAGCCCGACGACGCCACUGGUCCGCGCGCGCGGCGCCAGCCCAGAUGUUCCUCCACUCCUUCCUCGUGCAAAAAAUGGCAAAGAACACGCGGCAGCCAAGAAAGGAUGGCGGCGCGAGAUCAGGCGGCCGGAGGUCCCCGUGGUACCAGCGCGCGGUGGAGGUGCUCCUCCUCGUCUGGAAGCAGCCGGUGGCGGCGCCGGUGCCGGCGGCGACGAAAGCCGCGGCGGCGUCGGGGGUGACGGCGGGCACCGGCAAGGGUGGCGCGGCGCCGGGGGUGCCGGGCCCCGGGAGGCUGCGCAAGUCGUCGUCGCUGAACGUGGCGGCGUCGUUCACGCGGGUGUGCCUGUGCGCGCCCAUCUCCUCGUACAACAGCGAGUCGCUCUACUGCUUCCAGGCCGACGCGGCGCCGCGGCGGAGCUACAGCUACCCGCGCGCGUCGUCGUCGUUGGCGUCGGCGUCCGGGUGCGGCGUGAGCCCGCUGGUGGCCCCACCGCCCGCGGCCGAGCAGGCCGGCCGGGGCCGGGCGGGCGCGGGCAGGGGCGGCGGCGGCGGCUGGGAGGGCGCCGCGCGGCGCGUGUUCCGGGGCAAGUCCCUGACGGACGACAUCCUGAUGCGGCGGUUCGUGGUGGACGAGGAGGCCACGCGGCGGCGCAACGAGAUGGAGGUGAUCCGGCGGCGCCACGCCGCGGCGUCCAAGCGCCGGCGCCUGGGCCCCAGCCCUCUCCGCCGGAUGGCGCUGGCGGAGUCGGAGUCGGAGGCCGAGGAAGAGCUGGAAGCGGCGCCGGUGCAUGCAGCCGGCGGACGGGGAACGGACGGCAACUCCGUGGCAGCGGCAGUAGCGUAGCAAUGGCGACGGCCUCCCCGUGUGAUGAUUUCGAUUGGUUUCGCCGUCGCCUCUGUCGUUUUUCCUUCUUCUUCCUUUGUCUUCUUCCUCUCCCGCUGUUGCUGCCUGUCAUGCGCUGCGAGGAGGAGGGGAAUCCGGAGCAACGCACAGUUUUAAAACUGACUCGUACAGC